AAGAAAAAUUAAAAAAAGGAAAAAAAAGAAAAUGAUUCAUCGCCAUCGUCCUCAACCUCAUGAUCCCCCUCAAGCUCAGAGAAAUCUCUCCCUCUCAACGUAGCCGCUUCCGUCUCUCUCAACACUGCGUCUCUCAUGACUCAACAGUCGCGUCUCUCUCAAUUUCACUCACACCCAAAACCCCUUAAUCGCAUUUCAGUAAAGUCUCUAUCAACAAACACACGAAAAUGAUAAAAGGAAAAAAGGGAGAAUUCUCACAAAGUGUCACGGCGGCGAUGAAAGGCGUGAAGAAGUUGGCCUCCCAAUCCAGGGUUUCAAAAAAUGCUUUUGGGUUCCAAAAGAGUAACUCUGCAGAGCAAUUUGGACGCUCAGAAAUUGGAUUGACCCCUUUGAUGUAUGGAUUUGUAACAGUGAAAAAAAGAUGGAGCAUUCUUGGACAUAGGAAAUUGGCUGUUCAGCAAUGCUGGCUGCUUCAACACAUGUAUCUUGGUUUGUGCAUUGUUGCAAGAAGGUCCAUUUGUUGCAGACUGAUGUUGCUGCAGGUUGUGGACAUGGUUGAAGGAUAUUGUUACUGUCACGGUUGUUCUUCCGGCAGAUGGAGGAGUUCUUGAAGGACACAAUAGCUGAUUUCAAUUGGUCUUUACGACGUUCCAAAGCCACAACUAUCGGAGCCAUCAUUGCAGAAUAACGAGCAGAGUUUAUCCUUCUCUUCUCAUUGUGACUGAGUGUAGCAUUUUCUGCAAUUCUUGCAGCCUCCUCUUUAAGAACAUUUAUUCGCCUCAUCACAUCUGUGUGAAGAUCCUGAAGAGUACCGGGCCAUAAUUCCUCCCAGAGAACAGUAACAUUUCCAAGUUCAUUUAUCAUCAGUUGCACGUCCUAAACUAAUUGAGGGUAAAUCUCUCUCGGACAACCCAGCACAUGAUGAAGCUCUUCUGAAGGCUUCUCUUCAUAAGCAUUAACAUCAACUAGAGUUGGGUAAACUAUAAAACAAGGAGAGUUCUUGGCCAGCAUGAUCAGUAAACCCUCCAACUGCUUCCGAAACAAUUGUUCAGGAUGAGAGCUCAAGCGUGCAAACAGUUGAGGAGUAACUUCCUGCCAUGGCAACAAAGGAACAACCAAAAGAGAAGAUGCAAGCUUAUCUUUCAGUUCCACGCCAUACAAAGUAGCCCUCAGAGUGUAGUUGCCAGUUUUUUUUUUUUGCUUGAAAGUGUCAUUUUCAGAGCCAGGCAUGUGACUAUGGCCAAGAUGAGAAGAAGAAUAAGAAAAAUAUUGUAUGUAACCAUGAGCAGCAUGUCCAAAUAGGGACACUCUUCUUUUCCUCAAAGACCACCAAAUAUCUACAAAAUCAUCCAAUGUAGGUGCUAUGUCAGAUUCUCCCAGCCCAAAGUUUGCAUUUAACAAACAAACCCUUAAUUGAGAAGAUACAGUAGCUAAAAGACGUUCUCCACCAGAGGUUUCUGCACCCGGUGCCCCUGCAACGGUUUCAAUAAUAUUUACAACAUGUGAAACCAAUUUCGGCAGAGGAUUGUUAGUACUUGAGUGCUCUGCAGAAUCAUGCAAAGAGCUUUCUUCUUCCUGUUCAUCUCUGAAACCUUCCACAUCAAUAUUGUCCUGAAGAAGACACAAAAGCAAUGACUUGAUUCGUAGAACUUCAUCCUUGGUCAAUCUGAACCUCUCAGGUAAAAUUUCUGGAACGAGUAUGGGAGAAAAUAAACAAGAAUCCAUGGAAGUCUCAUUCUGAACAGGGAGUGAGCCUCCAGCUUGCUUAAAGCACCAAGAAGCAUAGGAAAUCCACGACUUGCCCAAGGUGGGGCAAAUACGAGAAGACAGUUUUGUUGUUGUUCCAAUAAUCUCCUCGGUAAUAGAACCCAAAUUUUGUUUACAGUUUAUAUUUUUACUAUUGCCGUCCUUGCCAAUUGAAGUUGGUCCAGUCAUAUCAAAAUCUGCUAACAUCUUUGGAACAGUACUCUCUAGAUUCCAAUCUGAAUAACCCCGCCUUAGCCAACUAGCGAGUUUCAAGCAUGCUUUGGCCUUCAGAAUUCUCUCUUCCACAUCAAAUAUUCUAGAUGUUGCAGAAAUCAUAAAAGGACAUAAAAAAGACCAAAGGUUUGUGAAAGCAUCUUCAAAUUUAUUUUCAGCAUACUGCAGUAAAAUGCUCUCGAAUUGCAAAUUUAACAGAAGAAGAUUGUGAUGUUUCUCCUCUGGGCAAGCAGAUAUGUUAGUAGCUAUGAUGAUGCAUUGGUUUAGACGCCACGAUCUGCCGUUGAUUUUUGCUUCUGUUGUGAAAAUGCAGGUUUCCGUGUUGCUUUGGUCAUUGCAAUUUGUAUACAAAGGAUAGGAAGAUCGUGCAUUGGUGGUCGCAUAAAACUUACACUGACUUGUAUGACUCGGUCUGGAACAAUGCCACUUAAGGCCUCUCUUUUUUUAACACCAAACUCUCCAUCUCUAGGAAAUGAUUCCUGCCCAAAGUCAAGGGAUGAAAUGUUGGACAAAGCAUGUAAAUUAAAUUGGUAAUCCACAUUAGCGGCGGAACUUCCGGGUUGGUUUGAACGUUUCUGAUCAAAUGAUUCUUGGCAAGUAACAUCAUCCAGAGACAAGUAAUAUGGUUCUGAACAUGACGCUUGAUUAGAUUCUUCAUUUGCAAUGUACUCUCCUCCAUUUUGCAUAACAACAAUUCUCAACUCUCUGCCAGACGGAAAGUUAUCAGCGUUAGCUGAUUCCUGGCUACACUGUGAAACUUCCUCACCUUCAGUCCCCCUAGGACCAUUAUCAUCUACACUAAACUGCAACCUUGCACAGGAUGAAGCAAUAGGUUGAUUUGGACUUCCAACAAGUUGUACAUUGAGCAAGCAAGCCCAACGCUAAGUAAGAAUCUAAUUUCUUUUUGACAGAGUUUGUGAUGAAUUGUUGCAAACAUGUUGUGGUCUGCAGGUUUCAUGGAUCUAUUAUUAUGCUGCGGUCAACCAAGAACUUGCGUAAAUGAAGUGCAAUAAGUUCAACUGCCUUGUGAACUCCAGCAGAUUCCCCUUGUAUCUUAACAAUACUAUCGUCCCGCAGAGCGAAAAUUGGCAGGUGUUCUGAACCAAGAAUGCGUAUGCUGCAACCUGUAGCAUCUUGAAAAGUUUUUAUAGUGGCCCCCUGCUUCCAAAUCAAACUUCCUGCUUGAGUAUCAGCCACCAGAAGCCUCAUAACACCUGGGCGUCCUGCACCUGAUGCGUUAUCUGCAGGCUCACGGUCCACAUUGCAAACUUGUUUAUGAACCCUUAGCAAACCCUCCACAGCAGGUGGUAUGGGGCGAUCUGGCUCUUCUUUUGCAGAAACCAUUACCGACCAAAUUCUGAAGUUACCAGGUAUACAGUGAAACAGUGAAAGCUUCUUGCCACCAUAGGCUGCACAGACUUCAGUGAGUGCCUUAAUACCUUUAAGGGUUGCCAAGGCAGAGUCUGCAGCACCAAAUUUAGGUAGACUAUCCUUUUUUUUCAAAUUUUUAAAUGGCCCUGCUGAAGGUUCCAGAGAAAGAAAGUCUGCCAGUGGGGAUAUAUCAGAGUUAGACAACAGCGCUCAGUUGCUUCGCUGCCAGAUUAACAACAACACUAGAAAGCUAAUUUGCAACUUGUGCAGCAGAAGCAAUAUUUGCAUUAUUGAUUAAAGCCUUCACUUUAUCACUUUUUGGUUGACUUUGGUCAAUGUUCAUUUUUGUAUUUUUCUUGUAUGGAAUCAUAUGUAAUGAAAUAAAAUUGAAAUGGAUUAACAAAA